GACUCCUUCCAGAUGGAUGUAAAGCCGGCCUGGAGCACGGCGGCUUACGAUGCUCGCGCUUUUCAGCGGUCAGCUUCCCUGGGCCAGGUCUUUGCCCUUCUGUUGGACUAUGCUCAGACUGGAGACAAGGCCGUCGGUCAGCUACUGCAGUUGGGCGUGCUUUCUCGUCUCAUCGGGUCAGCUGGUUGGCUUUUUAGUUGCAUUAGACCGGGCAGCGAUGAUCACUUCUACCGCUACGCCUGGUCCGCUCACUUCGCCGAGCACCUGGCACGCCCAGCCUCAGCGUUACCAGCAGCAACAUCAGCAGCAGCAGUCACUUGCUGA